CUUGGGGGGAGGGGAUGACGUAAAUCGCCGGAAUCGCUGGGUAGGAACAACGGCUAAUCAAGCAACAUCCUAGAGAGUCGGAUUUCCUCCACCUUUUUUUACAGAUCUCCCGUCUCUUUCCUUCCUCCACUCCGAUUGAGAUACAAACACCUGGGUCCUGUCUCGUUCUUGGAGUUCUUGAUCUUCUCCAACAUCUCCAACAAAAAAAAAAAAAAACGUCAACAUCAUCACCAACAAUGAGUCUGUUCGUCGCUAGUCGGUCCGCCUUCCGGGUCUCUGCGCCCCUCAAGCGCCAAAUCCGCAGCUACGCCACCGACCCCUCCCCCUCCUCCAAGGGCAGCAACAACACCCUCCUCUACGGCGCCGCCGCCGCCGGUCUCGCCGGUGCAGGCUACUACUUCCUAUCCGGCUCCACCGCCGCGAACAAAGCCCAAGAAAAGGUCAAGAACGCCUCCGCCGCCGUCGCGGAGAAGAUCCCGGGCGUCGAGGCCAAGAAAGCCUUCACCGGCGGCGACCAAGGCUUCCUCAGCCUCAAGCUUGAGGAGGUGGAGAUCAUCAACCACAACUCGAAGCGUCUUCGUUUCCGCCUGCCCGAGGAUGACAUGGUCUCUGGCCUUCCUGUCGCGAGUGCCAUUUUGACAAAGUACAAGCCUGUGGAUGCCGAGAAGGCUGUUUUGAGGCCGUACACGCCAAUCAGCGACGAGGACACGCCGGGGUAUAUUGAUUUGUUGGUGAAGAAGUACCCCAAUGGCCCGAUGAGCACCCAUUUGCACGAUAUGGCUCCCGGUCAGAGGCUUGAUGUGAAGGGGCCGCUGCCAAAGUAUGCUUGGUCGCCGAACAAGCAUGAGCAUAUUGCUCUUGUGGCUGGUGGUACGGGGAUCACGCCCAUGUACCAGCUGCUCAGGACCAUCUUCAACAACCCCGAGGAUAAGACCAAGGUUACCUUGGUUUUUGGCAACGUCAGCGCGGAUGAUAUCUUGUUGAAGAACGAGCUGGCCACGCUCGAGAACCACUACCCUCAGCGGUUCAGGGCGUUUUAUGUCUUGGACAACCCGCCCAAGCAGUGGACUGGUGCGAAGGGGUUCAUCAACAAGGAGCUGCUGAAGACUGUGUUGCCGGAGCCGAAGAAUGAGAACAUCAAGGUUUUUGUUUGCGGGCCGCCGGGGAUGAUGGACAGCAUUUCGGGGAACAAGAAGAGCCCGAGGGACCAGGGGGAGUUGAAGGGGAUUUUGAAGGAGUUGGGAUAUACCCCUGAGCAGGUUUACAAGUUUUGAGGAGGUAUUUGUUAGACUAUGGGAAAGCAAGCAAGCAAGCCAAUGGUGUUUGGGGUUUGACUGAGAAGAAUUGGCGUUAUGUUAUGUAUUAUCCAUCCAGUGUAUACCUCAACGUUUAUUAUGGAGUUUUAACAUUUGCUUGUUCAUGCGAG